AUGGCUACCAAAAAGGGUCUUGAAAGAGCUUGUCUUGUGAGUGAGAGAGACACCAAGAAGUACUCCUUGGCCCUAGACAGGAUGAGCUGGCUUCAGAAGAAUUUAAAUGAAGAUAGGCAGCAGCAGGAAGCAGAAAUUGCUGAAGCUAAUCCAGCAUAUCACUGUCACGGCUACUCACAGGCCUAUGAGAACAGAAAGAGGGAGCAGCAUCAAGCCAGGAGGAAGCUCUGUGUAGCAUCAGUAAUUUGCAUCUUCUUCAUGAUUGCUGAGAUAACAGGGGAGUAUGUGUGUGGGCAGAUCGCCGGGAGCCUGGCGGUGGUCACAGAUGCGGCCCACAUCCUGGUGGACCUGACGAGUUUCUUGAUCAGCCUCUUCUCACUGUGGCUUGCCUCCAAACCUCCUACCAAACAACUAACUUUUGGGUGGCACCGAGCAGAAAUUCUGGGAGCUUUGAUGUCUAUGAUAAUUGUCUGGAUGGUGACUGGUGUGUUGACAUAUUUGGCUAGCAUGAGGCUGCUACACCCUGAUUACGAUAUUGAUACUACAGUGAUGCUCAUUACCUCCGCUUUUGCCGUGCUCGCCAACAUCCUACUAAGCCUGAUUCUGCACCAGACCGGCCACGGGCACAGCCAUGGGGCACAAGCCAGGGGACACGUGUCAGCCCCUCGAGAAAAGCCAGUUCUGAGCAAUGCCAGCCUGCGGGCAGCCUUUGUGCAUGCCGUUGGAGACCUAUUCCAGAGCAUUAGUGUGCUAAUUAGCGCACUUAUCAUCUUCUUUAAGCCAGAAUACAAAGUAGCUGACCCAAUCUGCACAUUUGUGUUUUCCAUCUUUGUUUUGGCAACCACCAUCACCAUUUUAAGGGAUAUUUUGAUUGUGCUAAUGGAAGGAACAUCAAAAGGAUUUGCUUAUGAUGAAGUGAAAGCAAGAAUUUUAGCAGUUGAGAAAGUGGAGUCUAUUCACAACCUUCAUCUUUGGUCUCUGACAAUGAAUCAAACUGCUCUGUCUGCUCACGUUGCCACAGCAGACACAACGGACAGCCAGAAGAUUUUGAGAGACAUUACCCAAGCCCUAUUUGAACACUACAGCUUCCACUCCAUCACUAUUCAGAUUGAAUCAGGAGAGGAUCAGAAACAAGACUGUAUCUUCUGUCAAGAGCCCAGGGACUAA